CUGCUGGACGCGAGCAUCGCGCUGGCCGACGUGGUCGACGGCGGCCGCGAGGCCAAGGAGAGAGGCCGCUCGCGCUGAGCCAGGGCGCCACAGCGCUGCGGAACGCGGCCAACGGCAUCCUGGACGAGGACCUCGACGCGGCCUGGGGGGAGCUGGAGGUGGCGGCCGGCUCGUGCGAGAUGUACCUGCCCGGCUUUGCCUGCCAGGGCCUGGUCGACCUCUUCAGCUACGAGGAGAGCCCUGCUGCCAGGCCGGCCGGCCGGACGCCAGCCGCUCCCUGCAGCUGAUGUGCGGCGCGCUGGCCGCCAGCGCCCGGCGGGCCAAGGCGGCGAAGCUCUACCAGGGCGCCGAGCUGCUGGCGGGCGCCUCGGAGAGGCUGCGCCGGGCCGCGGGGCUCUUCGAGCCAGGCGGCUUCUACAUGCCGCCGGAUCCCCGCGUCUACGACUUCGGGGGCUGGGACUGGGACGUGGCCCAGGAGCCCCAGGAUCGGAGGACGACGCCCUGCUCGCCGGGCUGGCCCCCGGCAGCUACGCCGACUGGCGGCCAGGAUCCGGGAGGAGCUCGACGGGGCGGACACCGAGGAGGCGCGGCGGACCGUGCUGAGGAGGCUGGUGCGCGUGGCCCACCCGGACCAGAACCCGGGGCACGAGAAGGAGAGGUCGUGCCCGUUUUCCGCUACGUGCAGCGGCUGCGCGCCCGCGUCGGCGGCGAGGAGCCGGGCAGGCGGGAGCCUGGGCCCACGAAGAGCCAGCCCGGCUGGAUGCGCUGA